AUGAAAGAACAGUACCUUUCUCUUGCUAUUGUCGUCAUUGAAGUCAAUAUGAAAGUUGAAAUAGUUGAAGAAUUGUACCACUCAGCAUGUAAUAUUUAUCUGGGGAGUGUAGUUACCAGUAAAGGAACUGAUGACCUUCAGCAAGCUGAUUUUGUUGACCUGACUGCAUGUUCCAAACACAGUUCAGAUUAUAAAUAUUUAUUAACGAUAAUUGAUAUAUACUCCCAAUAUGCAUGGGUCACUGCUGUAAAGAACUUAGGUGAGGAAUUUUACAGUAGGUUUUUCAAAAAGCUUAUCGAGAAACAUGAAAUUAAUUACUAUUUAUUAUUUUCGACCUUGAAAGCUAUAUCUGUGGAGCAAUUCAGUAGAGGUGUUAAGGAAAAUGAAGACACUAAAGGCCAGUCAUAUAAACAACACUUACUGCAGAUCAGUGCUGAUCUUUGUGCAAAAACUGAACCCACCACAAAUUCUUUCCCGCCACAAAUUCUGUGUGUUGUUUAG